GAAGCUUUCACGCGCCCGUGGGCCGUGUCAUCUUUCUCGGCCGGCAGCGAUCACAGUCCCACCACCAUCUCUCCUUUGUCCUCUCCCAUCCCUCUUCCCGAAUAUGCUCGGAAUCCAUCUCCGGAUAUCCUCCGAAUCUUGGCGUCGUCACGAGCCGAUGCCUGGAGAUAAAGCCGAGGAGGCGGCGGUGCAAACCCUAGGAGUCGGGAAGGGAAUGAUUUGGGAAAUUCGAUGCAAUCUCGUUCUCGAUCUCUGGAGAUGGAGCAGCGCAAGACUUCCUCACUUCUGCCGUCCAACGUCGUGAUCGUCGCCUACGACGCGACAAGGGAACAUAACGAGUGCGAGCUCCAGCUCACCGUGAAGAACAUCCGGAUGAGGGGCGACAUUCUCAAUGGUGGCGACACCCUGCUCGUCCUCGGGGUCCUCCACACCGUCACCCACCCUAUGGGAUAUCAAAUAAAAGCAUGCACCGAUUCCUUUUCUGGGCCCAGUUCCCGUGCACUUGAAGAGGAGAUCUCCAGGCAAGUUUAUUUGUACGAAAGCAUGCUUCUACAAAGUGCUGAGCAAUGCAAAGCUGAAGGGGUCAGCAUGAUUGUCAAAAUUACUGCAGGAACGCCUACAAAAGUAGUUAUUUUGCAAGAAGUAGUUUCUAGUAAAGCGACAUGGGUUAUAUUUGAUCGGAACUUAAGAAAGGAUCUGAAAUUCUAUGUGAAACAUAUUCCCUGCAAGGUUGCAUUAAUUCAGGAUAGUUUAUCUGUGGAAGUGAUGAAGCCAUUUUUCACAAAUGCCUCAAAUAAGGAAGUCUCGGAGCAGAAAUCCUUCUACUCUGACUGCAGGACUGUUGGGUUCCAAUUCAACAUGCAGGAGACUGAACACAAUGAGCAGUCUGUCAUAUCUUGCUCAAGUUAUUAUGCCUCUUCCAGUUCCCUAGAUAACUCUGAUAUUUUCAAGCACAACAUGCUCUCUGCAUCCAGCUCCAAAUCUUUGGAUCUCAAAAAUUUAGAAUAUGAUGAGACUGAAUCUUUAUCUAAGCAAGCUGGGAAGCUUUCCAAAGGAGAUCACAGAAAUCCUUCUGUUCCUCGUGCACUGCAAGGCCAACAUAAUACUCUUUUCCAGUAUGAUUCCUCAGAAAAGCCAAUUCUUUGUGCUGUUUGUGGGCUACGAUCAAUACUUUAUGUCAAGGAGUCUAUGAGAUUUCAAUUUUCAGAGAUUCAAGUUGCAACAUCUGAUUUUUCAAAAGAAAAUUUGUUGGGAGAAGGUGGAUUUGGUCGUGUAUAUAAAGGCCAACUUAAAGAUGGGCAGAUCAUUGCAGCCAAAAUUCGGAAGCAAGCAAGUACACAAGGAUAUUCUGAAUUCUUUUCUGAAGUACAUAUUCUCAGCUUUGCACGACAUAGAAAUAUCGUGAUGCUGUUGGGUUACUGUUGCAAGGAGAACCAUAACAUAUUGGUCUAUGAGUAUAUCUGCAACAAAUCUCUAGAGUGGCAUUUGUUCAGUCAGUCAGCCCACCUACUGGAGUGGCAUAAAAGACAUGCUAUGGCUAUUGGAAUAGCAAAAGGUUUGCGUUUUCUACAUGAGGAGUGCCGUGGAGGUCCGAUAAUUCAUCGAGAUUUGCGGCCAAGCAAUAUACUACUUACUCAUGAUUUUGUUCCCAUGCUUGGGGAUUUUGGCCUUGCUAGAUGGAAGUCCAACAAUGAUUCUUUCCACACAACAGUUCUUGGUUCAUCAGGGUAUAUUGCUCCUGAGUAUGCUGAACAUGGGAUUGUAUCUGUGAGGACUGAUGUUUAUGCAUUUGGGGUAGUUCUUUUUCAACUGAUAUCAGGACGCAGGGUAGUGGAUGAACAAAAUGGGAAGCGUCAACCUUUACUGGAAUGGGCGGAACCACUAGUUGAAAGGCUUGCACUGCAUGAACUUAUUGAUCCACGUAUUGGAGAAUCCUAUGAUACUUAUGCAUUGUAUUAUCUGGCUAGAGCAGCAUUCCUCUGUGUUCGGAGAAAUCCUGAGAUCCGUCCAUCCAUGGGAGAGGUGGUACGCCUUCUUGAAGCAGAGAAUGACCAUGCUCGAGACUUGGCCCAGCAAUUCGUUCCCCACUAUACAAAGGUAGAUGUAGCUUCUCUGUUUCCUCCAAACACUACCGUAGACCUGUGAGAUUAGUAAAGAACUAAUCUUGUACUUGUUGAUGGUCUUCUUUUUUUCUGAUACCUAAAUAAGCGGUUUUUGGAUUGUAUCCUUUAAACUGGGAAUUUAUGUUUUUUGCUGAUACUGAUUGUGGGAUGUGUAAUUUUCCGGUAAUGCUGUCUGCCUUUUGCAGAUAAAUUUAAAAUAAUCUUUUAAAAGUAA